AUGGACCCUGUGACAAUGAUCCAAAUCAAGCGGUGCCAUGAUCGCCCGCAUACGGAUAAAGAGUUGGAAUGGUGGAUCCAACAGUACACUGCUGGCAGUAUUCCCGAGUAUCAAAUGUCGGCGUGGCUCAUGGCUGUUUGUUGGAGAGGCUUGAAUGACCGGGAAACUGCCACGCUGACUCGGGCCAUGGUGGAAUCGGGAGAACGAGUCGACUGGAAUUCUACUGGCACAUGUACUAACGACUCAUUAAUGUUGCUGGUGGACAAGCACAGCACGGGUGGAGUUGGAGACAAGAUUUCUCUCGUUCUGGCACCCUUGGCAGCCUGUUUGGGCGCUCAUGUCCCCAUGAUGGCGGGACGAGGACUGGGUCAUACUGGUGGAACCAUUGACAAACUCGAGAGCAUUCCGGGAUAUCAGACUUGCCUGUCAGUAGAAGCGUUUCAAUCGCAAGUCAAAAAUGUUGGCUGUUCCAUUGUUUCGCCCAACGAGACACUUUGUCCUGCCGAUCGCAAACUAUACGCAUUGCGAGAUGUCACUGCCACUGUGUCUUCCAUACCGUUGCAGACAGCUUCCAUCAUGUCCAAAAAGAUUGCCGAAAACCCAAACAUGUUGGUAUUGGAUGUCAAGUACGGUGCGGCAAGCUUUCAAAGCUCUUCCGCCGAUGCCGAGCUCCUGGCGCAUUCCAUGAUUGCAACGGGACAAGCCAAUGGCGUCCAAACCAGUGCUUUCAUGACACACAUGGAUCAUCCCAUUGGAUACGCCGUGGGCAACUGGCUUGAAGUGUACGAGUGCAUUCAACUCAUGAAGACGGGAAAGGGAUCCAAAGACUUGAUCACGCUGGUGGUGGUUCAAACGGCACAACUGGUCAAGUACUCCACAAGUUUCGUGAAAUGGUACACGCGCAAGGAGGAGACGCCGUGGUGA